CUUUCAUUUAUCUUUCCCAUAUAGUCUAGAAGGUUGAGGGAGCUUGUAAUAUAAAACAAUGUAGCAAAUUGCUAAAAUCUUGAAGAAAUAGAAACUUUUGACCACCAUUGUAGCUUUGGGUAAAAAUUUUCAGUUCAAGGUAAGACAGAAUUAAAAAAAAAAGAUUCAAGUGACAUCUCUCAAAUUACCUCUGAAAUUAAUGCUACGACACGAUCGCCUAUGUGGCAAACAUCAGUCACUCUUUCCUCCAGAAUGAAAAGGACAGAAGUAUGAAUCAUGUAGCUACUCUUAAUUUUCUGUAGUACUGACAUGGGUGAUAUUAGCAAGCCUUGUUUAUACUUUGUGUUCAACUAUACCAUCCUCUAUAAAAUUUUGCACAUUAAGAAUGCCUUCUUAAUUCGGAUGACAGUUUUGUUUGUGUAUGUGUGUUGGGAGCAGGGAGGGUUGGUUAGAGUAGCAUAGAGGAAAUGGGAAGCACAGAAAAAGAUCAGUUGGUGAAGAACAGCAGACUGGGAAGAAUAUACCAGUCAAGCUCCUUCUUCUUGGUUGGAGAGCUGUGGAGAAGAGUGGAUGGCUGAGUCCCUGUCAAGGUGCAGGCGAUGCAAUCUCUUUAGUACGCCAUGCUGAAGAAUUUUGUUUGGUCUUCAGUUUUAAGCAAACUGACAUAAUCCUAUUUUUUGGAUUGAUAUGCAGAUCAGGAUGCUGUCAUUUCUUUGAAUUUUGCAAUGCAAUUUUUUGAUGAAAAUAAUGUUUUCUCUUAAAGAAAAGACUGUGUGCAAAACAUGAAAAACGUUCCUCCCCCCCCCCCCAAAAAAACCACUUUAAUGCUAUUUUUCAUGUUUCAAAUGCAGAAUAUAGGACUGAAUUGAUUUACCACUGAACAUAUACAAAAGGACGGGAAAUAGAUUGAUCUAUCUAUCCUUACCUUAGAUCUUGAAUCCGCCUCCCUAGCCCAGUUCCAGCCACUAUACUUCUCUUUCACAAAUUCUUUCAAGAAUGCUCUAUAAACACAUUGAACAAAUUUGCACACAGUUUAAUACUGUCACUCUAAUGUUAGGGUGGAAUAGAUUCCUGCCCCUUGAAUGUGUGUAUCUUUAUCCACUGACAAUGCCUGCUUUGUUCUGUACUCAAAUACUCAGACUAAGAAAAACUGCUUCCUGUCUGACGUGAGGCUUACUAGGUAUGUGCUAACCACAAAUUAUAGUUCUGAAUUGAACUUCUAUUAAUUCUAUUGAACACUAAAGGUCAACCUGUGCAUAUAAUUAAGGACGGCCAGAGUAGUUUCACUAUCGCAUGGCCUCUACCUUGCUUUCAAAUUUUGUAAUAAACCUGCACUUAAAAAAAAAAAGUCCCUAGAUCUAUUCCUGGUACAUGCCAUCCUUAUGUAUUGGACUAUGGCUUUCAUUAUCAUCAGUUAGAAGGUCAAUGGCCAUGCUUGUUGGGGAUGAUGGUAGCUGUAGUACAGCUCAUCAAAAAAGUACCACUUUUGGAAAGGCUGCUCUGGAAGAUGCAAGAGAGGCCUAAGAGUGACAGUGGUUAUGACUAUCUAUCAGUGGAGGAGAAAGAAUGCCUUAUGUUCCUUGAAGAAACAUUAGAUUCUUUGGACACUGAAGCAGACAGUGGACUUUCUACUGAUGAGGCAGACACUACUGAACCUUCAAAGCAUCCACGAACGUGGCCUACAAGAGAUAUUCCCAAAGAGUUGGCUCAAGAACAUCUUGGAAAGCAUACAAACAUUGAACCAAAGAACAAAAAAUGCAUUGUUCCUGUUGCCACCUCAAAACUAGGCCAUCACAGUUUCCCAAGGAACAAUAGUACAAAAAAUGCAAUGCAGACACCCACAGUUUUCCUCACUGAAGCAAGAGGUUCUAAUGCCGAUGAACCAAAAGCUCUUUCUCAAAUUUCCCAGAGUUCUCCUGUGCAUGACAUACAGAGCAUACCAAAUGACCAAUCCAAGAUGAAUAUCCAGUCAAGGACCUCUGAUUUGGAAUCUGUAGUUAUUCCACCUCCUGAACCUUUCCAGGACCACAGGCAGGACCUCCACAGAAAAGGACUAGAGUCACCACCUCUUGACAAAAAUGACAAAAAAGAUGCUGAAAGUGGGGUGGUACCUCAUUCUGAAUUUAAAAAGAAUGUCAAUGUAGCCAAGGCACAUGAGGUUGCUCCUGUCCAGCAGAAGCUUUCUUCAGAAGUCAGUCUGAAACCUGUUUCCCCUAAAAGUAACAAGAAGAGUUCUGAACAAAUUAUUGGUGCUGAAGAAAAUCAUCAAAAGCCUAAUUCAAUGGAAGAAGCUAUCCUAGAUUGCAACUUCAAGCGAGGUCCUCCCACUGCCCCCAAGCCCAGGAAACUACCACCAAAUAUUAUUCUCAAAACCAGUAAAAGUAAUGCUGUGUCACUCUGUGUGGAUCCAGAUCAUAAGAUAAAAGUGCUGACUCCAGGCAUUGGUAGACCUAGAGCUGCAACUGGUGACAUUUCCAUGGAAAAGGCUCAUUCUUUGCAAAAAGAACAAAACAGAGCCAGGAGAGAGGCUCUUGAGAAACUGGGACUCCCACUGGAUAACGAAAAAGAUCCAUAUGAUCACAUGACCAAAACCUCUGCUCAUUCAAAACCAAGAGAGUCUUCCAGGACUAGCAGUAGAGAGAGUGUAAAUACAGAUGACAUCACUCCUGUUAAGCAACCUGAGCAGCAGCAAGACCAAGUAGAAGGGAAUGGAAUCCACCCAAGGGAGAUCAACAGCUCAGGUGAUAAGCAGGCAAAUUUCAAAUCCAUCACACUGGAGCGUUCAGGUGUGGGUCUGGGCAGUUAUAUCGCAUCAGGCAUUGAGCACCAGAAUGUGAAGAACAGUGAUUCAGUUGGCAAAAUGUCCUUUUUUGAUAAGAUUACUCCAAGCUUUCUCAGGAGUAACCGGCCACGCCCAGCUUCCCUUGGCAUGGGGAAAGACUUUGUUGAUCUGAAGGGAAACAAAACAUAUAAUGUUGAGUUGGAAAAAAAUGACAAACGAAAAUCUUAUCCAGUUCAGCACCCCUCCAAGCUGCCCAAGCCACCUUGUGUCAGUGUGAAAAUCACUCCUAAGGGAGCCACAGAGGCGCACAGAAAGGAGGCUUUGAAAAAACUUGGCCUAUUGAAAGAGUAAACUGAACUGCUGGACUAAUUUAAAAAAUGGUGUGCUCUAUUGUGGAUAAAGAGUUGGCUUGCUUAUGCACUCCUUUUUUAAAAUGAGUGGAAUUGCAAUAUAGAUUGAGUACGUGUAGGCAUUCUCAAUGAGUCAAGCAGCAGUGGUUUCAGAUUGUUGGCACGAGAACUAGCACCUCAGAACUAGCAUCUCACCCAGACUUUGUUUUUAUCUUAACUUCUGUAGAAGUGAAUUAACUCAACCAUUUAGGUGAGGCUUCAUAGAAACCAGAAAUGCCUCCACCUGUACAGGAUGAGUUAUGUACAUAGUAUACCAAGGUAUGACUAUAUGUAAUAUGCACUUAACUAGAAGGGGUAAGUAGUAAAUAUUCAGUUGUAAUUAUUAUGGCAAACAAUGAACUCUGGAUAUACAAAAACUUUGUAUCAUGAUGAUAGCCAUAUGGCUAGAACAAUGGGGCAUUUUUGAUCCUUUUUAAAAAAUGUGGACCUGCUAUAAUUAUGGUGUAAACACUGAAGCCAGUGAAACCAGCAGGCCUUGUACAGCUCCCAGGAUGAUCCAUUUGCUGCAUAUUUAAUAAAUUGCCAAGACUGCAUUGGGUAUGAUUCUUAAGCCUCCACUUGGGAAAAAUGAAGUACAUUUCCCCUCUAAUGUGGAUUCAAAAUGUUGGCUGAUUUUUUUAAAAACCUAGAAUCAACAUUGAAUUUGUUCCAGUUUAGCUUGGUGUCCCUGAUUUAUGUGAACAAAUAGUGGUUGCAUGUUGUUUAAAAUCAUGCAAAAUUUUUAAAAUAAAAAGUGUGUGCUUUAAAAAGACUAAGUAAUAAACUAUUUUAUAUGGAAAA